AUGUCGCUGGAGCCCCCAACCUACCUCGGCUCCCUUCAGAAUAAUAUUCGAGCUCGGCCAAUUCCAUGGGAGGGCGCUGUUCGAGCGGGCAACAUCACCGAUGACCACUUGAAGAAGAUCAAGGCGGUAGACAAGGUGCGCAAGGACCAGCGCCGUCAAACGAUAGAAGCAGAUCUCGCUGGAUACACAGAUUUGUUGGCCGGUGGUGCCCAAGAGAAGAGCGUCUUGGACUUGGCCUCCCGAAGGACCGAUAUUGUGCAAUACAUCCUAGUGCUGGCCUCGGAUUUAAUCCAAGACGUCCCAUCUCUGGCGAACUCCCUCAUCUCCCACCUAGAACCGUACAAGCCAUUCCUACCAUUCCUGCAGCACUCGACCAAUGCCGAAGACCCUAUCCCUCUGCUCACCUCCACCUUCCUCACGGCUUUAGUUUCACACAGCCUGGUUGCUACAUCUAAACCCGCCGCGCGCGACAAUGAAGCUCUCCCCCAGCUAUAUGCUUAUCUCUCCACUCUGGCCAAGAACCAGGACAGUGGACUCCAAGACAUUGGCGUUCAAGGAUUCUCAGAGUUGCUGCGAACUUCGAAAUCUAGACAGAUCUUCUGGGCGCAACGAAAGGAGACUUUGGACCCCUUGAUCGAGACCCUCCGAACUGCGGCGGGAUCGAAAGACAAUGCUAGCACUCUCGGAAACAGCACUCGCGGAGCGGAGCCUGGUCUUGCAGGCGGCGUAAGCCUGCAGCUCUUGUACCGGGUGUUGUUAGUGCUGUGGCAGCUUGCAUUCGAGGGUGCUCUCGUGGGUGAUGAACUACAAGAGAACUAUGAAAUUAUCCAGCUGUACAGUCAGCUCCUGCGCCUUUCACCGAAAGAAAAGACCACACGUUUGCUCCUCGCAACUCUGUACAGUCUUUGCUCUACCAACCGGACGUCCUUGCUCCCCAUCGCCGUUUUCGUUCGACUCCCCGCUCUCUUGGCCAACCUGGGAGGCCGCCAUCUCACCGAUCCCGAUCUGCUCGAGGAUCUCAAUGCGCUCUCUACCAUGUUGGAGGAAUACACCAAGACCCAGACCACUUUCGACGAAUAUUCCGCCGAGGUUCAGUCCGGCCAGCUGCGCUGGUCGCCUCCCCACAAGAACCCGACUUUCUGGAAGGAAAAUGCCCGGCGGAUCGUUGAGGAGUCUAACGCAGCUUUGCCCAAGAAGCUGGUUGAGAUUUUAUCCAAGAGUUGGGACAAUGAUAAACAGGUGUUGGCUAUUGCCUGUAACGACGUACGGAACCUCGUGAAGGAGGUUCCCGAGCGUCGUGGGCAACUGGAGCGCCUGGGUCUGAAGGCAAGAGUCAUGGAACUGAUGGCUGAUAAAGAUGAAGCGGUGCGGUGGGAGAGUCUACACGCCGUUGGCGAGUGGCUCCGGUAUAGCUUUGAAGGGUGA